CCAGGAAAGGAUCUUCUCGUCGAUGACAUUGACGAUGACGACGAUGCGACAGGUCGCGCGCGGGCUUCUGUCCACGUCGACAAGAUCUCCGCUACUGUUGACGCGCCCGCUGGUCCGGCCAAUCUCGUGCACACACGGCCUGCUGCAAGCGCCCGCCGCGGCUGUGCCCUCGUCGUCGCCCGAGAGCGCCACGUCCAAGGCCGAGCGCACGCUGCGCCGCUUCUGGAAAAAGGUCGAUGUGGCCUACCACUCGACUCCGCAGUCCACCUCGCACCUCCGUGUCCGCCUCGAUGGCCGGCCGCUCAAGACGCCCUCGGGCUCGGUCCUCGAGAUCCCCGCCGACAGGCCCCUGCUGGCGGCUGUGAUUGCCAAGGAGUGGGCCGAGCAGGAGCGGAUACUGCGACCGCACUCGCUGCCCCUGACGAGCCUCGCCGCGAGAGCCAUCGACGGCCUGUCGAGGGAAAAGGACAGAAUCGGCGUCGUCCAGGAGCUCGCGCGAUAUCUGGACACGGACACCAUCUGCUUCCACGAGGACCACCCGCCCGUGCUCGUGCAGCUCCAAAAGGAGCGCUGGGAUCCGAUCAUAGCGUGGGCAGACAAGCGGUUCAAGCUCGAGAAGCGAACAAAGGUCUUUGAAGGCCUUCUCGACAUUGAGCAGGACAGCCACGUCGUCGCGACGCUCUCGCGCCACAUUCUCACCGCCUUUGACGCCUGGGACCUGGCUGCGUUUGAGCGGGCUGUGCGCUCGACAAAGUCCUUCCUCGUGGCACUCCGUCUCGUCCAGGCCAUCCAGGAGCGCGAGGCGGCCUUUGGUGUAGAGGAGGCCAGCCUGGCUGCCGAGGUAGAAGUCGAGUCGCAGACGCAGCGGUGGGGCCAGGUCGAGGACACGCACGACGUGGACCACGCAGACGCGCGAAAGCUUCUGGGCAGCGUCGCCAUUGCCGUGCAGCGCGAGACAGACGGGGAUCGAUUGGCACGGCAGAUCUUUGCGCAUACAUGAGGCAGCAGUAUUGUAAUUUUAUAUACGUCAUUGCCUCUUCUAUUGUCCCUUGUCUUCCUCCUCUGGCUCUUGCUCCCUGCCCAGCCUCUCGUCGCCGCCGAGAAGCGUCCAGCUCUCGACUUCCCUGCCCUUGGCGUCGUGCCGGAGCAAGAAGCGGCCGCCGUCGCCCUGCUCCUUCCAGACGAGUUCCCUCGUUCGGCCCAGGCUCUCAAUGGCUGAGACGCGGUCCAUG